CUUCCUUUGUCUCUCUUCAAAUUUAAGAAACCAGUGUUUUUUUUCCUUGUUUCUGGAAGUUGCAGACAUUGAAACUUCACGUUUGCUGUUUCGGAAUCAUUUUGUAAAUUGGUCGGAAUGCGCAGUUUCUGAGGUUUGGUUCUAAGUUGGGAUUUCUUGGUGUCUUCUUCUAUCGUCCCUCUUCUUUACCAAUCUUAUUGCUGCAGAUUGUGUUGUUGGAGUAGUUGCAUCUGUCUUUUCUAGCUUGCUGAACAUUGUGCUACUCUCUCGACUAAUGUUUGGAACCAUUCUCUGAGCAUCGAAUUCAUAUUCUACACAUCACCAAUCUGGAUAAACAUUUUAGGGCAUUUCUUGCUCUUAUUAGUUCUUCGUAAUUUUUGGAUAGCUGAAUGAAAAGGUAGAUAGGACAGGACAAGAAGCUCAGGCAGCGGCAGUUAUGGUGAUGAUGGUGUGAUAUAAAACUCCGUCAUGAUCAGUAUGGACUGUUAGCAUGUUUAGAAACUUAAUGAAGUAAUUCACUUGUCUAUGGCACAAGUGACAGGCUCCAUGGAUAUGUAUCUGAAUUGUUCCCCACUAUUUCUAUUCAAUAGACGGGAAGAAGAUUUUCCAUCACUUAAAGACUACAAUGACUACUUGGAAGAAGUGGAGUGUAUGGUAUUCGACUUGAUAGAUGGAAUAAAUGUUGAGGCUAUUGAGGCGAAAAUAAAGAGAUACUCUAAGGAGAAUGCUGAACAGAUAAUGAUUAAUCGAGCUCGCAAGGCUGAAGAAUUAACUGCAGCCUUGGCAGCUUGCAAGGCCAAACCCCCACAAACCAAUGCUGAUACGUCGUCAAACCAGGGUGUUACUGCUGGAACUGCAUACGGUCAGGCUCCACGACCAACAGGAAUGGGUCCACAACCAGUGCCUAUAAAAGGAGGAGCAGAGCAUCAACGUCAUCACCCAAUGGAAGUGGAAGACGAAGCGUUGAGGCUAAUAUCAGAAAGAGCUGGAGGAUUUUCUUCAGAGAUAAGCAAGAGGAGGGCUUUGGAAGAAGCAUUUGCAAGCAUUUGGCUUUGAAUUGAUUCAUGGAGAUAUAUCUUAGUUUUAUAUUUAAGAGAGUGACGAGGAGGUCUUCGUUGGUUGUUUAGCUUUGAUAAUUCAAGUAGCUACAGUUUCCAUUGUUGUCUUAGAUCAUCUCUGUUACUUUGUGUUGGUUUGUUGAAUGUAUAGUUGACAAAAUGACAAACAUCAAGAUAACAAUA